GGAUAUGUUUUGUACCACCUUACAAGAUCCAUUCUGGUAUUUUUUACAUUUCGAACCGGGUACGGAUCGGAUUUUUUGGUUCGAGUUCGGUUCGGAUUUUGUAUUUCGGAUUAUGGAUUUUAUGCCAGGCCUAAGACAACUAAUAAUACCAUGAUACAUAAUAGAUCACCAUCUUUCUUAUGAAGAACUGAAUCUUAACCACAACGGAAUCAGCUCUUUCAUUAUACUUGCAACAUUUUACAAGAAAUUACACUCAAAACUAUUUUUUUACCUUGAUUUUUAAUUUAUAAUGAUAUUAUAAAUUGUUAAAAUAUCAUUCGUCCAUAUACCAAUUGAAUCACUGAAACCCUUUAUAAAAAACCGAUUGAAUUACUUUUCGUUAGAGUACAAACCAAAUUUUUUAAUCCAGAUGUGCAAUUAUAAUGUAGAUUUUUUCUUUUCUUUUUAUUCCAGGUUAUGUUUGAUCAAAAAACACAAAAUUACUAGACUUGGAAAUGUAUAUUAUUAAAUAGUAUUGAAAUCUAUUUUUACUAGAAUAAUUCGACGAAAACAUAUAUAAUGUACCUAUGUACCUAUAUACACAUAUAUAACUAUAUAAGACGAGAGAAACAUGGAAAUGAGACAUGGAGCGUUGUCGACUGCUAAUGAGAGUUAUGUCAUCAUAGCUUCAGUCAUUUCAUCACUCUCGUCUUGUCAAAUCAAUGCCACUCAUCAUCAUCAUCAACAUCAUCCAUGCAUGGUAGACAUAAAUAAGCAACUCCUCCUUUCGAUGAUUAAUCUAGUUAUUCUUUGUUUUAACAUGUCCUAACCAUGUGUUAUGAUGAAAUAUACGGAACAUGCAGGUCAACUUUGACAUUAAUUUACGUGUAAAUAAGAAAAUAAAACAAAAUUUAGACAACUAAUAAUGUAGGGUAAGAAUGGUAGCACGGUCAAUUAUAUAUCACCUACGUAUUAUGCAUGUUUACAUACCCUAACCAAGUUAGACAAAAAGCAUCCUGAUUAAGUUUCUUAAUCGACCGACGUCGACAAACAAAUAUUGUGUGUUCGAAUGCAUUCUUAUAACCACACAAGCUCAUGUGUAUACGUACCACGUGUUUACCGGAAAGUUUGGGUUACAAAUAAAUACAAAACUUGCAGUUUUAUAGUAAACAUUGGUCUGAACUAUUAGUAUCUCAUCUAAAUUUUUGCUGUUCUAUCGUUUAAAGAUGUGUCAUUUUAUAUUAUUGGACGUAUUUGGGGUUGAGUAUGAUUUUACCGUAG